CAGGACACUGUGGCCUCAAUUCGUUCCUCUCCACAGAUUCAGGAUCUCCUGGUUGGUGUCUGAAGUCCUGAGAGCAAAUCUAGAGGGCAGAAUUUGGAAGAAAACACUCCUUGUUCUGUCACACAGGUACCUGAGCAGAAGUGUCAGGAGUACGGACAGACAUACUCAGCAUCACAGCAACAAUGGCCUCAUCAGUCCUGGGGAUGGUCAAGGAGGAGGUGACCUGUCCUAUCUGUCUGGACCUCAUGGUAGAGCCUGUGAGUGCAGAUUGUGGUCACAGCUUCUGCCGAGCCUGCAUCACACUGAACUAUGAGUCCAGCAAAGACAAAGAAGGGGAGGGCAUCUGCCCUGUGUGCCGAGUUAGUUACCUGUUUGGGAAUCUGAGGCCUAAUUGGCAUGUGGCCAACAUAGUGGAGAGGCUAACAGGUUUCAAGUCCAGCUCUGGGGAGGAGCAGAAGGUGAAUGUCUGUGCAAAGCAUGGAGAGAAACUCCAGCUCUUCUGUGAGAAGGACAUGAUGAUUAUCUGCUGGCUUUGUGAGAGAUCUCAGGAUCACCGUGGUCACCAAACAGCUCUCAUUGAAGAGGUGGCCACUAAAUACAAGGGAGUGACAGGGAGUCCAUGGUGGUCAGAGUUCACACUGUCUGAGAUGUGGAGUCAAUCUUUUGUCCCUAGGAGUCAGACCUUAUGUCUGAAACAACCCAAAAUGAUUCCAAGAAAACAGAGUAAGAUCUUCCGAGCUCCGGAUCUGAAAGGCAUGAUGCAAGUGUUUCAAGGGCUCCUGGAUGCCCAGCGCCACUGGGUUCACGUGACCUUGCCUCAACUCAACAAUAAAAACAUUGUCAUUAACGUGGACAAAAGACAAAUACAACAUAGAAGUGGCUAUAGAAGAAAUUUGCAAGUUUCCGAUUCCUAUGAUUUAGGUGUCCUAGGGUAUCCAGCUAUCUACUCAGGGAAACAUUACUGGGAAGUGGACGUGUCUAGAUGUGAUGCCUGGAUCCUGGGAAUAAAUGAUGGAAGAUGUGCUCAACCCCAGCUUCGUGCAGUGAAUGAAAAGGGAUUCAGAGUCAUAAAAAAUUAUAUUGUUAAACAGGAUGUAAAAUAUCAGCCCCAAUAUGGCUACUGGGUUAUAGGAAUUACAAACACGUCUGUAUGUAACGUCUUUGAGGUGUGCUCUGUUCCUCAAAACGCUAGUGUCUCGUUCCUUUCUCUGACUGGCUCUCCCACUGGUGUUGGAGUUUUCCUGGACCGAGAAGCUUGCACUCUCUCGUUUUAUGAUGUUUCCAACCAUGGAGCUCUCAUCUAUAGAUUCUAUGAACCGAACUUCCCUAAUGCCGUUUAUCCAUAUUUUAAUCCUAUGGAGUCAUCAGGGCCAAUGACAGUCUGUGGGCCACCCUCUUAACCCCUCACUUGUAUCUGCACAGUGCCCAUGUCUGAUGUAGCUCAAAUACCUGAAGUCCAUGGUAUCAUUACAGUUUUUUUUUUCUAUCUUUGGUUGUAGGAAACCAUGGCCUAGCUACCCUGAGAAGCAUUUGUUAUAGGUUUUUCAUGUUAGAGUCCAUGGCUCCUGCUUUCAGUUUCUGAGAAACUGAUGCAAUCCCCCAAACAGUAAAGCAUUCAACGUACUUUGUGUUGCUCUGUAUGUUUCCUUAGUAGUCAAGGACACAUGGAAGCUUGAGAGGACUGUAGGUCUUAGACAUUAAUCUUGGGUACCCUUAUAGAUUCCAAACUUCAUUGUUUCCUGAAAACUACAACUGUAUUGAUCCUGGAAAUUAUGAUUAUAGUCUGUAUAAAAAGUUUGAUCGCUCUCAACAAAAUUGUCACAGCCUCUGUCUUGCUGUGGCCCCUCCAAUCUAGGCCUUGUUUUAUUCCUUAUGGCCCUAUCAGGUGACCUUGGCCUGGUAAGUAUGCACUGGCACUAUUUUAAUACUCUACAUUUCUCAAAACAAACUAGUAUGGAUUCUUUUCCUUGAUCCAGUUACCUCUCUGUUUACAAGACAGUAGCAGUUCAUCUCUUCCCAUAUUUCCAAAGACAAUGACUCCUCAUGGGGUGAGGUAAGACCUCUGCUAACCCGCACUUCCUGUUCUGUGGUGCCACAGAUGGCAGCCAGGGCCUUGUGCAUGCUGAGGAGGUGCUCUGCCCUUGCGCCACUUGUCUCGGCUCUGCCAAGUCUCCACAACCCCAGUCCUCUGUCACUGACAGAAGAUGACAGAAAGUUCUUCUCCAGCUUGGAGAAAAUAUGUGUAGGAGUCUCUAGCCUAGGAAUGAGGAUUUAGUGGUACAUCAGUUUAACCACAAUGCUGUGCUUCAUCAAAACUUAAUAAGGAAAUAUCUCUAAUGGUAAACACGAAGACUGUGUUCAGAGUACCUGGGUUCUAAUCCUGCUGUUCUGCAUAGAAGUGUAACCCUGAAUAGCAACCUCAAAAACUUAUGCUUUAUGUGUGUUUUUUUUUUUAUUUUAUUUUUCUUUGUUUGUUUAUUGUUUGUUGUUGUUACACUUUUACUGUUGUAGAGUGCACACAUACUGUAGGUCAGUGUCAGAAAAUAGAUUUGAGCUGUGUUAGGAGGCUCUGAGGGUAGAAGCAUUUUCCUCCAAGUCCAGUGACUGAGUUCAAUCAAUUAAACCUCACGUUGGAAGGAGGCAGGCAACUCCCACAGAUUAUCCUCUACCUCCACACACAUGAUGCAGUACGCACAGGCCUAGACACAUACACAGAUGUGAAUGCAUUAUGUACGUUUUUAAAAAGAGCAAUUUGAUGCACAUUAAGCAUCCACUGCACACUCAGUAGUUGCUUUCUCUGUUAGUUACUGGGGAGAUGUCCUGGAAUGGUGAUCCAUGCAAAAGCGGGUAGAUGGGAGGAACGAAGAUUAGACUUUCCUGAUAUCUUGGUGUUAGUUCCUGGAAUCUGUCACUAAGUAUAUUCUAAAAUGUUGUAGAUAUCAAUGAUUAUUGUUUGGUUUUAACAUUUAUUUUUGAGUGGAUAAUUGUGGGGUUCCAUUUGUUUCUUAUGAAGUACAUUAAAUCCUAUGAUUUCCAUUUCACAGUUUAUGAUGGUGAUGCCCUUAAACUUCCCUUGUGCUGUGUUGUGAAAUAUGAACAAUAGAAUGUUUCUAGGAACUUACAUUGCCUCUGGCAUAUAAAUGAUAUCCACUAUGGCAUCUGUUUUCUCUCCUUGAUGUGAUCAGUGUGACUGUAAUAAAGGAUUGGUGAGGUUGAAUACCAGAACCUGGCAUGAUGGUUUUGAUACAAUCCCAGUACUCAUGAGGCACAGAUAGGACGGUUGCUGUACAUCUGAGUCCAGGCUCAGUGAAGAAAUAAGACCCUUCCCUGUUUUAUUUUACUUUUAAAGAGGUUUUUGAUGAGGUAGUUGAUUCAA